AAGACUGAAGGGGAGGAGUCACUACACCUGUGCAAGUCUGAAGGGGAGGCGUUGCUACACCUGUGCAAGAUUGAAGGGGAGGAGCCGCUACACCUGUGCAAGACUGAAGGGGAGGAGCCGCUACACCUGUGCAAGACUGAAGGGGAGGAGCCGCUACACCUGUGCAAGACUGAAGGGGAGGAGCCGUUACACCUGUGCAAGACUGAAGGGGAGGAGUCGCUACACCUGUGCACAACUAAAGGGGAGGAGCCGCUACACCUGUGCCAGACUGAAGGGGAGGAGCCGCUACACCUGUGCCAGACUGAAGGGGAGGAGCCGCUACACCUGUGCCAGACUGAAGGGGAGGAGCCGCUACACCUGUGCCAGACUGAAGGGGAGGAGCCGCUACACCUGUGCCAGACUGAAGGGGAGGAGCCGCUACACCUGUGCCAAACUGAAGGGGAGGAGCCGCUACAAACCUGUGCCAGACUGAAGGGGAGGAGCCGGUACACCUGUGCAAGACUGAAGGGGAGGAGCCGCUACACCUGUGCGAGGAGCCUGGAUAUGAACGGGUUCAGCUGAAGAGAUGAGGAAUGAGCCGG